AUGAAUGUGUUGUUGUCCGUGACCACCCCCUUCAAGCAAGCGAAAACCGAAAUAGAGAAAGUAGAGAAAGAAAUCGAGAAAAGCAACGCUGGAAACGUAGGAGAUGGAGCAAAAAUUCGCGAGAAAGAGGGAGAGAAGAAGAGGAGGAAAAAGGGAAAGGAGAUGCUGCAAUCAGAAAGAAAUAGGAAAGGAAAUGGAACCGAAAAGGAAAAAAAAGAGAAAAGAAAAGAAAAGCCUCAACAUAACGCCGUAGGAAAGGAAGAAGGAAAAGAAGAUAAAGAGAUGGGAGAGAUGCACAAUUUCGAGGUUGUGUGA